AUGACGGGAAAACAAGACUAUGCCCGUGAUGCCAUUUGCUUGAAGCUUGAGGUGCUGGUGAAGCUGGAGGGCGGGGAGGAGAAGUCUUUCCUCCUGGAAGAGGAGAAGCUCCGCCGCCUGGCUGAGGGCCUUCCAGAGUUGCCCUUGCAGUUUAAGGAGAUGCCGGACUCCAGCAGCAGCGAUGCAGAGCAUUUCGUGAAGAUGAGGGCCCGGAACCUCGGCGGGUGGUCCACCUGGAGCGAGGAAGUGGUGACCAGCUCCAUUGCGCGACAGCAGGGGGCAGACAACGCGCAGAGAGCUCUGGAGCAGGCCAUGGAGCGGAGGGUGCCGGAGGACUUGAUGAAAGUUCUGAAGGAUGUUCGCGACAUUGAGUUUGACGACAAGACUCUGGUUUCGGAGGCCACCGAGCUCCUCGAGACCUUGCAGGCUGUUCAAACGAAGGCGGCAUCCCAAUUUCACGUGCAGCGUCGCUUCCGCAGAAUUCUGGACACGCAAGCCAUCAUGGACUACCUGGCGGUGAUCGUCCGCAGCGACAACACACGGCUGAGUCAGCUUCGGAAUGCUUACUACAAGGUGCGCACAUGA